AUGGCUAGUGGUGGUGGAGCAACUGACAUAAGGGAACAACUUUCAACAAUGAACAUACCCCAGUUGACUUCAAAUAUGUUUUCUUGUCUGGAAGAUCAAAUUGGAAAAUGGUGGGAGGAUGCUUUAAAGGAAGAAAUGGGAAAGGCCGGAGCUGAGGAGAGGAGAAUAGCUAUUGAGAAAGGUAAUUUUCAUGAUGGUAUUCCGGCUAUCACUGUUAUAUGUGAUGGUGGGUGGUCAAAGCGGACACGCAAACACACAUACAAUGCUUAUGGUGGAGUUGGUGUCAUUUUUGGAGCUGAAACCAAAAAAUUAUUGUAUAUUGGUGUAAGAAAUAAGCAAUGUGUUAUUUGCAAGCAGGCCAAAAAUAAGACAGUCAAACCUAAAUCACAUAAUUGUUAUAAAAAUUGGAGUGAAAGCUCUCAGGCAAUGGAAGCUGACAUUAUUUUAAAUGGUUUCUUGCAAGCAGAAACAUCGCAUGGAGUAAGGUACACCAAAAUAAUUGCUGAUGGAGACAGCUCUGUGUUCCCACAACUGCAGGAAAAGGUGCCAGUUUGGGGAACAUCAAUUGAAAAACUUGAGUGUGCUAAUCAUACAUGCAAAUGUUUGCGGUCAAAUCUCGAAAAGCUUGUCAUUGAAAAACCCUAUUAUAAAGGCAAAGGGAAAUUAACAAAAAUUAACAGAUUAAGAUUAACAACAGCCGUAAGAUGUGCUAUACGCAUGAGAAUAGCUGAUAAAAGUCAUAGACUUAUAGGAAAUUUCACCACAAAUUUAUGUGAAAGUUGGAUGGCUAUUAGAGCAAAGUUUGAUGGGGGGAAAGUUAUCAAUCGAUGUUCCCGUGGUUCUUGGAAUGCACGAUGCUACGGGGGUGCGUUGAGGAAAAAUAAAAGAGUUGAAUGGUCACCCACCACUUUCAACCAUGUAACUAAGGAACCUGCUGGAGUUUUCUUUUUAAGUGGUGUUAGACGACAAGCACAACUUUUGAAUGCUUCAUCAAAAUACAAGGCAAAACCUGAUAAUGUUUCCCAGUCCAAAUUAAAAGAACUAUGUGAUAAUUUCUUAAAAAGUAAGGUUAAAAUUUCAGAUACAGACAUUUUAAAUAUUCAAAAUAAUACAAUUGAUCAGUCUUUAAGUGAUACAUGGAGAAAAGAAAGGAAUAUAAGAUUGACAAGUUCAAACUUUGGAAAAGUCAUGGCCAGAAGAUCAACAAACGUCUCCUCAGCUCUGGUAAAAAAUAUGCUUUACAGUAAAUUCCAAGGAAACAUACACACUAUUAGAGGUUUGACACAAGAGCAAAAUACAAUAAUUGAGUACAGAAACCAAAAGGGAAAUGUAGAAGUUAUUAAAACUGGAUUGAAAAUAUGUAAGAGUCAUCCAUAUUUAGCAGCAUCAACAGAUGGAAUUGUUCAAACCCAAAGUGACACUGGACUUUUAGAAAUUAAAAAUUUGCUACAGACAAAUACAUACAUGAUAAAACAGGCCAUAGGGAAAGUACCAACUUUUUGUCUUCAACAGUCAAACAACAAGGUACAACUAAAAAGAGAACAUGAGUAUUACUUUCAAAUUCAAGGCCAACUGAACAUAUUUGAAAUUGAAUGGUGUGAUUUUGUUAUAAGGAGGACCAACCCAUAUGAUUUAUAUAUUGAAAGGAUUAAAAGAGAUAAAAACUUAUGGACAUGGAAAAUGGUUCCAAAAUUAAAAUGUUUUUACAUGAAAUUUAUUCUUCCGGAAUUAUCACUUCCAAGAUAUGGAACAUACACUGGCAUUAGGCAACCUGAAAAACCAUGGUACACAGAUCAGUCCUUGAAAGCACCAGAAAAAAAUCUAACAGAAUCAUUGCCAAAGAGUACAACAGACAAUUCAAAUUCAAGUAGUUGUUCAGUUCAAUGUGAUACUCAGUCUUGUGCAACAAAUUCUUCAACAUUUUCCAAAGAUACUGCAGGGCCAUCAGGUCAACAGAAACAGAAAGUUAAACAGCCUCCGCCUUUGAAAAAAAGGUCAAGCCGAACCAAAUUCCUGGGAAGAGAAAUCCUUCAUAAAUGGAUUGUUGAUGAUAAGAAGAAGAAAGAAAAGUGGUACCGUGGUACAGUUUUAGAUGUAUUAUCAGGUAAAGAUGGAGAUCCAACAGCUGUAUAUGAGGUGUUGUAUAAUGGUGAAGAAACUGCCCACGAAGUGGAUGGUUUGACUGCUGAUUUGCAGGAAGGUUCAUUAAAGUUUUUAGACAUAUAGAGUUGGCCACAUAUUUGAGUUUCAACAUUUGUCAUUUUUUAUAACAUUCUGUUAUUUGAUAUUUACCUUCAAAGUAUGACAGAUAUCAAAAAAUUGUUUGAUGUUGAAGAAAUUGUGAAACUUGAAUAUUACAUCAAGUCGACUAGUGCCUACUGAUGUGUAGAUUGUUAUUUAGGAUCAAAGGGAACAGACUGUGUAUUCAUUGAAUUCAAAUUCAUGAAAUGUUGUGCUUUCAGGAAGAUUAAUGUAGUGAUAUUACUAUCAAAGUGCAAAAAGUCAUUGUGUAAGUGUUAUUACCAGUUAAGAAUUGUUAUACAUACAUCAUUGUUUUGAAAAAUAAAGAGGAUUGAAAUGUGUGCAAGACAUACUUCAGAGCAGAAUUGAAUUAUAUCCUGUGAAAAGAAGAAAGCACCUUUGACUGAUAGCAGGCAGUUUUUUUGGGAUCAAUUUGCUACAUUUGAGAAUUUCAGUACAGCAGUUAUAGUUAGAAGACAGGUACCAAAAUAUAUUGAUUUAUAUUUAUGAUUAAUAUGUACAAGGAAAUGUUAAAUGCACAUGUAUAUAAUUUUUUUUAAUUUUCACUCUUUCUUGAUUAAAGUAUCAGUUUGCAUAGGAAUGGAUAACAAUUUCUUUAACAUUUGUAUUAAAAUUUAAAAAAAAAUUUUUUAUUAAAGAUUAAUUAAACAUGUAAAAAAUAUCAAUCAGUCUAAUAUUCUUUAUUUUGUUUAUUUAACUGUGUGAAAGUUACAUAUAUAUAUAUUAUUUUAAACUUCUUUAGAUUUUAUAGUAAUUAUUGUUGUAGGCAAUAAGAAUAAUUGAAAUUGCCAGUUAUUGAAAUUAAAAAAGGGAGCUAACUUUGAUCAAACUUAAUUAUGGCAUAGCUUGUACACCAUACUUUGAAUGAGAACUACUUUGUAAACAAAUGUUUUUAUAAGAAAUGUCAUUUAAUUGAUGGAAAAAAAUAUCAUUUUAUCAUCUUUUGCAAUGGAUUUAUUUUGAAAUUUUUUCAAGACAUCAUAAAACAAGCAGUGGACUUUAUCUUUUGUAAAAAAUAAAUAAGGAAUUAUUUGCAAACAGAAACUUUGAUAUCACAACAAACAAAUGUUUUGAAGGUUAGAAUUUUUAUGUUUUCAUAGUGUUUUCAUUGAUUUAUUUCUUCAAUUUUACUACCAAUUGUAUUGUUAUUAUUGUUUAUUGUAGUGAAUAAUGUUUUACUGUAGAAAUUAAGGCAUUGUUGCAUAAAAACUUAAUAUCAUGUACCCCACCCACUUUCAGUUAAAUUAGUAAAUUGAUAAACCC